AUGGCAAUAUCCGGUCGUGAUAAAGGCUUGAUUGUCCUGGCAAUUGUGCUUGCAAUCAUUAUCGCCCAAAUUCUCUGCUACCACUUCAAGCGUUACCCAGGUCGGCGAUCAGGCGCCAUCGAGAACAUUGAGAUCCACGCCAUAGCCAGAAGAGCGCGCGAGGUCGAGGCAGGCGAAGGCGCUGAGCCGGUACAGAAUGACUCCUCCUCCUCCUCCUCAUCUUCCUCAUGGACGACAAAUUCAUCGUCAGCGUCGUCGAUUGCAUCGGUUCCGCCCAUCAGGUUGGCAAGAAUCGGGGUUGUCGCUGCGCCGCCGCCGCGACCGCCGCGGUCGCCGAUGCCAGUGUACUCACUUUAUCCGACGCCACAAGAGAUUACUCUUGAAUGGGCGCCGCCUCAAAAACCACCGCCAGUCUACACGGUCGCUUGA